AUGUCCUCCGACCAGUCUCACGUCCUGCGCUUCCCCAGGUCCGACGAGGAGGGGUCCUUCAUUCUUGCUGAAGUCACUCCCACCGGCUCCGGCUCAAAGCCACUGAAUCUCAAGAUCGUCGCCACGGAGGGAGCUGCGCCUUAUGUCAUAUCUCUGCGCCAUGACCGCGUGGACAAGCUCAAGGUCAAGAAUUGCCCCUGCUCUCAGGACGAAUGGGAGCACAUCCUGGCAUCCAUCCUCCUCGACGGCCAGCCCGUCGAGGACAUCGAGGCCGCGGCAGCAGUUCAGGAAGAGGAGUCCGUGACUAUCACCUUCCGAAAGAGGAUAUCCGGUAUCACUCAACGGCUUGGUGCACUCACCCUGACUCACAAGGAAGAUGAAGCCAUCGAGUUGUAUGACUGGUGCGGAGCGGCUAUCACGGCCCGCAACCAGAUCAAGCUCGACCUAGCCAAGGCCAACGCCAGGGCUACCGAGCUGGAGUCCGCCGUCAACGAGCUGAAGGACCAACUCGAAGAGCUCAUCAAGACCAAGGAAGACGACGAAUCCGUCCUGCUAGAGAAAUUCCGGGAUCUUCUUAACGAGAAAAAGCUUAAAAUUCGCGAGCAGCAGCGGAUUAUGGCCUCUGGAGGCGUUUCCGCCUCUUUCAGUCGUCCUACGCGGAACAAGACUCCCGAGAUCAAGGAGGAGAAACAGUCGCAGGCCACCCCGCCUACUAAGGCGACAUCCAAGCCCACCAGGGGAGGAGCCAAAGCGGCAGCAAAAGGAACACGUGCCCCCAAGCGCAAAGCCAAGGCCGCGGAGCCCAGUGACGACGAGGACUCGGAUGACGGCUUCGAGAAGAUGGACGUGGACCAGGGUCGGAAAGAGGACGAGCAGGAUCCCCUCGAUGAAGAUGCGGAGACUACCGACGCCGAUUCCCGGACAGAGAGCGAACCAGACGAGGAUGACGACGAUGCCAGUCCUGUCUCACCGCCCAAGGCUAUCUCGAGCCGUGCAGCCAAGGACACAGGGGCUUCGCAGAGCAGCAACACGAACAAGCCCGACGAGGCCCCCCCACCAAGGAGGGCUCUUCCCUUUAACAAUGGGAAGGCGCCUGCAAAGAAGCCUGAGCCCGCGAAGCCGGCUCCUGCUGCGGCUGGAGGUAGCGACACGGACUCUGAUGAUGAGCUGUAG